UGUGCAAAAUAUCACAAUUUUUAGUGCAUUUGGAACAACCAAUCCCAAUAUGAUUGCUACGUUUACUAACAACAGGCAUUAUCAUGGAAAUAUACUGAGGAAACAAUAACAAAAGUUCACCCAGUGAAAGCAUCUUUGAACCACUAUGGAAUAAAAACAUAAUACCUUUUAGAACAGUCGACGAGUUUAUUUUUUUUUGGUCCAUACAAAUAUAUACACAUUUUUCGGAGCUAUAUAUAAGGUGGAUCCCCACCACCAGAAGUCCUCGUUGGAGUGUAUGUAAAGGUAGUUGUCCUAGGAACAUCGGUUACACACAUCGGGACGUACUCUUCGUCUUUGUUAGAUAAAUCCAAUGGUGUUAAUUGCGGCAUUUCUAGCGCAGCGGAAGAUUUCAUUAAACUAUUAAAAUCCGGAAUCAAAGGUGGGUCCAACCUUUUUUCGUCUAUGGGUGUUGUAUAGUAAACAUUAGAUGGUAUUUUUUUUAGUUGCAACAAACUGUUGUCAUUACAUUCUUCUAUUAUUUUGGGUAUGUAUUCUUUACAAAUCAGUUCACCGUGCGUGAAACUAUCCAAAGAUUUAUCAACUGGUGCCAAAUUACCAUAUAUUGCCUGUAAUCUAUUAUGUAAAUGUACAAAACUUGCUUUUGGUAAUAUAGCAAACAGAUUAUGGUGAUUGUCACUCUUAUAAGCAGCGUACACAAAAGAUAAAAAUCUAGUAGAUUUAAAGAAGGAUGUUAACCAAGGUGAUGGUACGGGCGAACAGAGGUGUGCUAAAUUACCAGACGAUCUUCGUAUACCUCGAUGUGACACUAUGAUCGGUUCUAAAAUAUUGAUCACUGGAUGAUUUGCGAGUUUCAUCCAAACUUCUGGUUCGUACCAUUCGCUAUUAAAUUGUAAACCAUCGUCUAAAACUUUGGUAAUGUGAUUUAAUGCAGUAUCUCUAGCAAAAUUAGUAUCGUUUUGUAAAUGCACACAAUUCAUAGUAUCGUAAUAUAGACUCAUGAAAUCCACUAUUGCGGCGAACGACGUAGUUUCCAUAGCUGCUUGUGCAACACGACUCGCAUGAGUAUGUUUUUCGUUAAGAAUUUUUUAAAAAUUAUUUAAAGACCCCAUACCAUUUUCGGAUGCGUACAUUGCAUAUAAAAGAGUAUACAUUAUGAUUACUUGAGAUAAAACUUUCUUGGUGUAUAAUUCGUUAUUAUAUUUUUGUCAAUGGGUGGUCGUUGCGAAUACUUGUGCAGUGUUUUAAAACAUUUACCACAGAUAGUAAUCACACGACUCAUUUCGUCGGCACAUAAACCUUGACUCGUGGUUUUUAUUAAAUUGAAAGAGUCGUUACAACAAGACAUUUUUUAUAUGUUUCUGUAAAAUAAUUUUCCGUUUCUUCCCUCUAAAAACGCAGAAUGGAUCCUCAAGAAAGAUUUCCAACGCACCUCGUUGGAAGGGCAACUGUGGCACUCGAUCGUCAAAAUGCAAAUAGACUCCUGGAUGAAAUGGAAGUUAUACCUAAAGAUAAUGUUCAAGAACUCAUCGGCUCUACAAUGUCCUCCACCAUGCAAGACAAGUACAUCUAUCGUUUAGUCCUGGAUUUCGAUUGUACACCGAAGGAUUCUUUGACCAUGGACAAUGUAGUCGCCCGUGUAGGAAAAUUCGCUCAACAUCUUAUAUGCUGUUACAAGCCAUAUAUACUUCAUAACAUCGGAAAGAAGGUAUUUAAUGUGAAUGCUAUUUUGACAAGUCGCAUGAAAUAUUUUGAGAAUGAAAACGUCACUGUGGAACGUUGGCAUGUGCACUAUCUGAAUGUUGUAUUCGUUGACGAUAAAGCAUGUAACGGAGCUAACAUAUUAACACCUGUACGAAAAUUAGGACUCCUUGCGAUGAAAGUGGAUUGGCCGGAUUUGGAUGUAACUGCCGGUUCAUCGCAGUGGCUUGUUUACAAUAGUCGCAAAUUCGACUCUACAAGCGCCUACAAAUAUGUAACGAGCUUAAAAUUCGAAAUUGAUACAGAUACCGAGGAUUUUCGCCUCGACUUUUACGGUCCACAAAAUAUAUCGAGCAAAAGUUUGAGACAUAUACUUUCUCUCCAUAGAGAUGUGGAUGAUAUGGAUAUCGUAAUAGACUGGACGAGAAUACCGAGUAAUAAUUUGGAAUCGAUACUUGUUGCAAGACCUUCUACGUCCGUCCAACAGGAUUUAGAUCACGUUUCGAGCGAAGACGAAGGAUUAGAUGGUAAUGGGGAUAUUGAUAAUUUGGGACGAUGUAACGAGGGUUUUCAAUUGCUUUCAAGUAGUGCAGAAUGGGGCGAUAUAUUCGCAAACGAACAAGAACAACGUAUAAACAUUUCCUUCCCAGACGGUAGACCGACCUUUCAGGGCCGCCGUUUAAAUAACGCUCGUCCAAACUCUCCCGAAAUUUGUAUUAAAUUGGCAAAAGCAUAUAAGGGGAUUUCAUAUUGCGGUAUCGGUGAACCAAAAACAACAGCUAUUGCUAGAGAAUACGUCUUUAAGUGGGCUUUAUUAAAAUUAGUAUACUUCGCAAAUUACGCAUCUACCUACGAUAAAUGGUAUCGUUUACUCCUAAUCGUGGCAAGUAACAUGAAUUAUAACGUUGGUAGGCGAAUUUUUCGUGUAUUGUCGAAAACAGUUCAGAAGAAUAUGAAAGACGACCCAGGAUUUCAUUACGAUCGUGCCGUGGCUUGGUUGUGGAGGUACACUCCGGUGGAAUCGUUGACCACAGAGGAAGAGGAUGAUGAAAAUGAAGAAGACGCAGAUUUCGAAACCACUCGUAGCGAUCGCUUAAUACCUACUAUGCGAAGGGCUAAAACUCAAAGGGGUCGUAAGAGAAAGAACAUGUGCGGAGAAGAGUUGAAUGCUGUAAAACCACUUAAUCUACCGAGACGAUUGGUGCGUUUACAAUACGAACCUCUUUUUCAAAUGACUAACGAAGACAAAGAAACUUCGGAAUGGUUGCUAUCUGAACUGAUUAAAGGAAUGGGUGUUGUAAACAUGGUAUACAACGAAUAUAUUAAACGAUUAUUAAGUAUAAGCAACGUAUGUAUGCUCGUACAUAACAAAGCCUCGGACAGUUACGAUCUUUUCAAAUAUAACGCUGCAACUGGAACCAUGGUGUUAGAUGAUUUGAGCAAAUUAAUAUUAGAUUUAGAACUCGUUGCGAUAAAAACUUGUUUCGAAUACGAAUCGGCUGGUGAUAACAUUACACCUUUCGAUUUGUGUUAUAAUUUUUUGCGUAUGUCUACGAAGAAAUUGGAGCAUAAAGUCGAUUUUUCAAACUUAAAUACGUACCUGCAAUCUGGAGCUAAUAAUAGCAAUGUAAAUUUAACCACCAACAGGCAUCUCGUUUUACCAGACAAUGUAACGUAUGAUUUAUACGAUGCAAAAUACAUUCCGUGGGACGCAUCGCAAUUAUGUACAGUUAGAAGCGAUUGCAAAUUAGAUUUAGGAAAGGAUGAAUUGGUUGAACACGUAUAUACCGAGAUUCACCCCAUGCGAGGGGGUAUACAGUAUAGGUGUAAAGUAAUAUGUAAUUGGAUGGAUUCCGCGUGGAAGGCGUUCGAACAACGAAAUUUUGGCAAGGAAAUGUUAACCAUUUUACGUUCCGUCACUAUGAAAGUAUCGGACAAAAUGCUGGAAAACAGAGAUCCCGACAAAUUUAUGGAAGACUUUUUAGAUGAAUUGUACAGUGAUCCAAGCACUAGGUUUCAGGAAUAUUUUGAAAACAUAGAAUACGACGAUGAAAUAAUUACAUCUACUAACGAUAAUUGCCUGCCGUCUAAAUCUGAAAUCCAUAAAUUAAACGACGAAACCAGCGAGCGCAUAAAACGUUUCACGGAAUGUGACCAAUCUAAAUCUAAAUUUGGACUGUACAUUGCAACGGCAUCGUCUCUUCUCGCAAUGAGGAUAAUGUUACAAAGGCACCCCGAUAUGUACGCGCCCGUCAUGGACAAGGCAACCAUUUGUACAUCCGAAAACGACGACGGUGGUCCUGUCGUUUUCGUUAAAAACGAAAUAACGUGGGAUCAACUGGUGUGGACCAUGUUAAUCGAAAUAUUUGGCUCGUCCGAACAAGCACGACUCGUGUUGGAAUUUUUAGCUCUCGGUUUAUCCACGGAUAGCAAUGGACGUUUAGUAAUGUUCAUGCACGGGGAGGCGGUUAAUGGAAAAUCAAUGUUUAUAGGUAUUCUUAACUACAUUUUUGGAAAAAAGAGCAAUCUCGUACGUACUCUUCCUGCAAACUUUUUUACUUCGAAAUCGGAUAAUCGAAUGGAUGCUACUUUUCGUUCAAACGCGGAAGAAAUUCGAUUUGCAAUCGAGAACGAAAUUCCGAUAUUAGACAUGGACGAAGGCGGACGGCGCAAAUUUAAACAAUUUACCGGAGGUGAUCGAGUCUCUAGUAGACAACCUUACGAUCGAUGUAACAAUGAUUUUCGUAUUUCUGCAAAGUUUGUCACCUCUUCAAAUGACAUGCCAUAUAUUUCGAGUACCAUGUUAGCCGAACAGAGCAGACUCAUGAUCAUUCCAACCGUAUCUACAUUCAUUGCCGGCAAAGUAAUGCUUAGAAAACAAUUAUUGCAACAUUUGGCUGCCGAUAGAUAUUGUAGACGCUUGUAUGGAACGGCAUAUCCUUCCUUCAAGGGAUUAUACACCAUAGAAAUGAACAAAUAUGCAAACGUUAUGACAAAACAGACUUUGACUAAUUUAAAUGCACGCAACACUUUAUUUCCUAUGCAUUACAAUAAUAUUUUAAACCAAGGAUUUCCUUGUGACAUCAUUGAGGUACCGAAAGGAAUUCCUACACAGAGGUGGCUCCUUGGUAAUCCACUACUCAUGCACGAAGAGGUUCAGGAGAAAAUGGGGGCUGCAUUGUGUCGAAUCCUUUUAGAUCAUAUCGUACCGUCAAUGGGGGGUCUAAAGAAUACAGCAGUAACAGUUCAAAAAAUGGAGAAUUACGUACGAGAAAAUGUUAAUUUAUUUGGAAGUUAUAAAGAUGUCAUGCUGAUAUUGUUGAAGAGGUUGAUCGUAUAUAGGAAGGGUGAGUGUAUCGACGUGGAUUCUUUGCGUGCAAUCGUAGUUCAAGAGAUGUCUGUGAUGAAGUCUAAUAUACGAAGUUUAAUGUUUGGUAAAUACAAAGGGGCUGGAUCGGAGGCUUUUAGUAAAGUAGAUAAUGCUUGUAAAACUAUAAAUGGAUUUUGUAAUAUGUUGGUAAAGUGUAAUUUCAAUUUGACUAAGAGAGAUCACUGCAUAACGCUAAACGAUUUCCAGUUAGUCCAUCUCUUUAUAAAUGAAAGAAACAAAAUUGAAAUAUCUCCAAUUGAAGGAAUGUUAAAUAUCGACGAUCUCAAAACGUAUCUAACACCUGAAAAUAUAUUUACUGGACCUGACGAAUCGGACACCGUUGAUGCUAGGAAAACGUGUUUAAAACCACCCAUUGUAAUGUCCGAUUUUGUAUAUGGAUCAUUCGGGGACGAUGAAGAUGCACAUACAGGUAACGAAACUGAAUUGGACGUUGGUGGACCGCGUGUUGAAGGAACGAACUACUUCAGUACAUUGUCUAAAAAUUCAAUGUGGGGAAUAAUAGAUGCAAGGCAUGCCGAUUUCUAAAAAAAAACAGUUCCUUCAAUUUAAUUAUUAUUACGACGAGGGUUAAUCAGUCUGCUAUAAUGUAGCAAUACGGCAUUACUUGGGAACUGUCCGAGUUGAAAAUCAAUUAUUCUAAUAGCAUCCACCCCACAGAUUUCUUGCAAUUGUAUAAAUAUAUUGCGUAAGCUGUAACCACCAAUAUAUACGUUUAAAACCUCUUUAAAUGCGUCUAAAUAAAUAUGAAUCAUUUUCAAUGGCGAACGCAAAUACAUUUUUGUGCUACGUCCCCUAAUGCGAAUGAUUUCAUUAUAUCUUGUCGAAUGUAAACGGGUAUUCCUUUCCUUAUCACGCAGUUGUGCCAAUGCAUGUGACAAUAAAUUAAUAGGAAGAUACCCCAAACCGUAUUUGUCAUUUUUUAGUGCCAUGAGUAGUCUUUUGAAUAAUAUUGGAUUUCUAAAGAAUAACGAAUGCCAAAAAAGUAUUUUCUGAUUCUUAAUAUCAAUCCUAUUGUACUUUAAAUAGGCUGUAAAUUGAGAUUCGACGUACAUUUGUGCCACGCGUAAUGCCGUCAUUCGCUUUUUAAAAGAAACGUAUUCUUGAACAAACGGUGUGUGUACUGGAUAUUUUCCGUGUAUUACUACUUGUAAAGCCUUUAUAAAAGCAUCUUGAUUCGAAUAAUUGCUCUUCAAGAAAUAAGUCUCUGUCCGUGUCAAGUUCAUCAACAAUUGUAAAAGAAAGACGCUAUCACAAGCAUGAGAACCUAAAACAUCUGAAAUUGUCGUCACCCUGAGCUCUGGUGUUAUGUAAAUAUUAUAUACAUCUGAUACACUCGUUUUAUGUAACGAUAGUAAUAGUAAUGCUAUCUUGGCCCGUUCGUGAUUGUCUAUAAGUAAAGCGUUAUAAUUUGGCUCUAACAAAUCGUCGUCGAUGCGAGUAUGAAAAACUAUGGGAAGAGCAGUGCCAUAUCUAACUUCUAUAUCAUUCAUAUUUUGCAGCAAAUCUACAUUUAACAUAUCGACCAUGUCAAAUCCUUGAAAGAGCAUGUUUAUUCGUUGCACCGCUGCCGGUACCGGUACAGUAGAUUGGGAUAGUUUAUAUAAUUUAAAUAAAUUAUUCGUUCUAGUAAAAACGUCAUUUAGAAACGCACGAUCUGUAGUUAAAUUUUCCUUCACACUAUUGUGAGUCGCAUCUAUAAAUUCCCCAAUUAUUCCUUCACAUUCCGAUGUUCGCGUUUUAUCCAUUACAGUGAUUUUAUCUUUAAUACAGUUGAUGAAAUGUUUUUCAUGUAAAAAGUAGGAUGGUAAUAUCUCGAUGAGUGCUUGAAGAGCUUCAAUAGAUAAACACCUUUGCUUAAAGGACAAGUUUACCGGAAGAGGUUCCACACCUACAAAUGCCUUUUCGUGUUCAUCGUGUUUCGGUAUUACAGGUUCGACUUUGUUUACAAUUAAGGAUAAUCGUUUAUCGACGUUAACUUCGGAAGAUUGUACAAUGCUAGAACCAUGUAGGUUUAAAUAUGGCAUCAAAUUAUCUAUAUUAUGCAAGGUAGUCAACCAUUUUGAAAAGUGUGUUAUAGAUGCACCUGGGUCACUUUCGUUAGGUCGCUGUAAACUCGGUACGUUUUCGUAAAGUUUGUUUACAUAAGCCUUCUCUUCGUUAUGAUCCGGUAAUUCGGACAUGUGAAGUACAAUACGUUCACCAAUAGUUUUUGAAAAAACUGUACCGGAUAAAGUUAGUCUUCGAGGUGAUAUAUCUAUGUCAAAAAAUUCCGCAAGAUUACGUAUGUCCUGAACCUUUACAUCUGGAAAUUCUGCAAAAUCGGUACCAUUGAAUCGUACCUGUUUGGUUGCCAUGUUUUUUUAUUUUCACAACACCGCACAAGUGUUUUUGUUGUACAUGACAUUAAUUGUUUUCUACAAUCAAAUUAUCUAUGUGAAAGAUGUGCUAUAGCUACAUAUGGAUGAGUUUCGUUAAGUCGAUGUAAACUUGUUUACGUUUGUUUUGUAUUGCGUUACGUUCUACAACGUAUUUAUGCCAAAAGGUCUUCUAGCCUAGUAAGUUGACGUCUUAAUUGUACCAUACGUUUAUAUGUCUCGUUUGCAUCAUUACGUUGUUCAUAAGAGAUUAUUGCGUUACUUUUUUUACGAUCUAUAUACUUAGUCCAAUACUUCUUACGUUCGCGUUCCAAUUCUUUUUCACAUUUGAUUUUAUUACAAAAUAGUUUACUUAUUUCUUGUCUCUCAAUUACGUUCAUUGUGCGUUGUACCUUUGCUAAAAUGUUGUUCACAAGUUUGUAACAAGGUUUUUAUGCAAUUUCUCAAUAAUUACUUUUGUUGUAUAUACUCUUUAUUCAAUGCAGAGGCCAUCUUAAAAUUUUGUCAAAUUACCAAAAAAUGGGUUUAUGUAUAAUAUUAUGUUCUGCAACGUCUUUCUGCUAAAAUUUCUUCUAGCCUACUCAAUUGACGCCUUACUUGUAGCAUACGUUUAUAUGCUUCGUUUGCAGCAUUACGUUUCUCUUCGGAAAUUUCUUCGUGCCGUUUUUCAGACUCGUUUAUUUCUAUAUAAUUAUUUCGAUACUCCAUGCGUAAACGUUCUAGUUCUUCUUCACACUUGAUUUUAUCUAAUAUUAAUUGGUCACCAGCUGCGUUUUGUCGUUCAAGUUCACGCUCUGCUAUUCGUUGAUUUCUUUCAAUUUCAUUCUGUUGUCUUAUCUGAUUUAAUUUUUGUUCGCGUCUUCGUCUAGAAGGAUAUGAAAAUAAACGUUGCCAAAAACUACCUACGUUUUCGUCGUCAGAUGCUUCGUCUUGUGAAACGGACAAUCUAUUACUAAUAUUUAGCUCAUCACUACCGCUUUCCUCACCUGAUUGCUGUUCCGAAGGAGGUUGUGGUGAGAUUAUUUGAAUUGGUGGGACCUGUGACGUUUGUGUUGGAGCAGAUGAUGACGCUGUUGUUGUUGCUGCUGCUGGUGGUGGUGGUGGUGGUGGUCUCGUCGGUAAUGGGGGAGGGGUAUUUGUAAGCGUAUUUGCUAAUGGUGCCCUACCCCCCCUUCUAACAGGGUUUGGUGGAGUAAUUUGAACAUUUCGUUGUCCACCCCUACCAUUCAAACCUCCCCUAGGCCGACCACCUCCACGCCCACCCCCACCUGGAGGCGGAUGUGGAACUCCAACCAAACGUGGUUGGUAGUUGUUGUGCAACACUUGAGGCUGUUCUAUACCUCUUCUAAUAGCGUUUAUAAAUUGGGGGUUUACAUUGUUAGGUUCGUUUUCUAAUAAUUCUGUAAAUUCUCUGUACAAUUGGUUUAUGUUGCCAUUGCGAACAUGUUUUUGUAAUACUUGAAAUGGAUCUACUCUGGUUCGCAAAUGCAAAUACAUGAAAAUCCUCUGCAUGUUAAAAUUAUCUAAAUUUAAACCAAGAAUUGUAUGAAACAUUGAUAAAUAGUUCUUCACAACCACAUAUGGUUUGUAUAAAAAAGUGGUUACAAUGUUUCCUGUAAACAAGACAUGUCCAAAUUCAAAUUGUACUUUACGAUUUUCAAUUUCACGACGAUGUCUUAGUUCAAGUAAUGCAUCGGCUAAUAAAUAAAUUGGAAUGUGUUGUAAA